CUCCUCUCUAGUUCACCAAUUUCAGCGCUAGAUCUCACUCUCUUUCAGCAGAUCCACACGCCUGAGCUCAAGUUGAUUUCACAAUGCUGCGCUUGAGCUCCGGAAUCCCCACCCUGCGCCUCGCUGCGGUGGCGUUGCUGCUGCUGCUGCUAUGCACUCUUCGCAUCGAGGCGUCGGUGCACGAGUACGCCGGAGAGAGAUUCGCCGCAAAAGGAAAUGCGUUCGUUGUUCACGGAGGCAGCGAGGGGAUUUACUCUUCUGCCCCCAGUCUCAACGAGUCCUCCCCCGGAAACUCUUUUAUCCGAUUUGAAAGGAUAGUAUUCCAUAGGCCGUUGGGCCUCUCCAAUUUCAGCUCAGAAUCUAUUCAUGCCGUUGUAUUUGAGGUCGACGACAGGGACACAAUUGGAGGUUCUGCAUAUGGAGGUCAGAGAGCUCUAUGCUGCUCAGCAGACCUAGCAAAGCUUGGAGUCUGCAAGCAAGGUCAAAUCAUUUACCGCCCUUCUACCAAUAAUCCAGGAUGGCCACAAGUAUUUGGUGUAUCAUUUGAUAUAGAUACAACAGACGCUACUCUGCAGCCAAGAUCCCUGCAAAUUACAAAAACUGGGAUGUACAACCUGUAUUUUAUUCAUUGUGAUCCACGGCUUAAAGAGGUUUAUGUUGAGGGGAAAUCGGUAUGGAAAAAUCCUACUGGUUACCUACCUGGCAGAAUGGCUCCACUCAUGAGAUUCUAUGGGUUCAUGUCUCUUGCAUUUGUGCUGCUUGGGGUAUUCUGGUUUUCACAGUAUGCAAGAUUUUGGAAAGAAGUCCUUCCAUUGCAAAACUGUAUUACACUCGUGAUAACACUGGGAAUGUUUGAAAUGGCCUUGUGGUACUUUGAUUAUGCUGAGUUUAAUGAAACUGGAACCAGACCUACUGGGAUCACUCUCUGGGCAGUCACUUUUGGGACGGUGAAACGUACGGUGGCACGACUAGUCCUUCUCAUUGUUUCCAUGGGUUAUGGUGUUGUCAGACCUACCUUAGGCGGGCUUACAUCAAAAGUUAUGUUACUUGGAGGAACUUUCUUCCUUGCAUCUGAAAUACUUGAAAUUAUUGAAAAUGUCGGUACUGUGAGUGACCGCUCAGGGAAGGCUAGACUAUUUUUCGUCCUGCCGGUGGCAAUUUUGGAUGCUUUCUUCAUUCUUUGGAUAUUUACCUCCCUCUCUUCCACCUUGAAUAAGCUUCAGGCUAGGAGGUUGACUGCCAAGUUAGAUAUUUACAGGAAGUUCACCAACGCAUUAGCGGUUGCAGUUAUUGUGUCUGUUGGCUGGAUUUGCUAUGAGCUUUAUUUCAAAUCAAAUGACGUAUACAAUGAGCUAUGGCAGAAUGCUUGGAUCAUCCCUGCGUUCUGGCAAGUACUGUCUUUCUCCCUAUUAUGCGUCAUAUGUGCUCUUUGGGCGCCGUCACAGAACUCAAUGCGAUAUGCUUAUUCAUCCGAGGAUGCUGAGGAAGAGUUUGACAAAGACGACACUCUGAAACUCAUUAAACCAUCACAACUGGUCCCAAAGGAUGUAAGGAGCCCAGAGUUUGAAUCUCCCACAAGCGGCAAUGGUUCUCCCCAUAGUGAUCUUGAACAAGAAAAGACUGCCUGAAAUAGUCCACAUAUAGUCUGUAACCUCACUUCACCAAUAUACAUAUGGCGUGGCUAAUAAUCAGAUCAGUAGAAUACUUAAAAAGUUGUUGCCAGUGAGUGCCUUGUGGAAACUGCGAGGAUGGAAUAUGAGAAAGAAGUUUGGAAAUAGCUAUUUGCAAGGCUGGAUUGUUUCUUGUUUUCUUUCUAUUUUCUACUCAAUUGUAUUUCAUCCAUCUAUAUCUUCUCUUCCAUAUAUUUGUUGAUUGAUUUUUGUGACCUUACUAGAAAGUAUCAGCUCUAGGAUUCCUUUUAAGCUA